CGACUGCUCCCUGAAGUGUGCUUAGGACCAGGACAUCUCAAAGUCUUCGCUGCAGAGUAUCGAGCUACAGGCUUAUGCUAGUCGCAAAGCUGCCCGAUGGAUGUUGGGACGAGCAUCUCGCAGCAGGCGAGCAGACUCGAGUUUGCUGCCCCGAAAGAGCGCGGCAUGAUUGUUGCGUCCAUACGACAGCAGCUUACACACACUGAUUCUGCUAGACUGACUGAGAAAGUCGUGAAUCAGCUGCUCAAUGUACUGUACAAGCAAACAGUAGAGGAUAAAGCGUUGCUAGCCAAAACUUCUAGCAAAUCUGGCAUUGAACUUCGUCUUUCGCAAACGAGUCAACUUAUCAGGGAUGUCCUGAAUGGCUCAAAAGCUGUAUACAAGUACAAAGUGGUCAGGACGUUCCUGUCUAGCAUGUUGCAUGUGCUACCGGCUCGCAAAGAUAUACUCCUGAAGCCCAUCAGCGCCAAUUAUCUGAGAGCUUGUGUCGAUGUGCUUUCCUAUCGGCCCCAUCUCGAUCACCUUGAACUGGAUCUAUGGCUCGAGUGUGUCAAUUUCUUUUUGACGACAAUUGAGAAUUAUGAGCGUGGCAACGAUUCCGAACAUGGCAGCACAGUCCAGCUAGAAGUCGUACAACUAUCCGACUGUUUGGCUUUGCUCUUAACUUGGCAUGCAACAGAUUACGCCAAGAUGGCAUCAGAAACAGAGACUUUGGUUGUUCGCACGAGCAGACUUGUUAGCAACUUUCUGCGAGACCAUUCACGAGAGAACAACGCCCAUGUUCCCAUGGUGGCCAUUCUGUGCACGCUGCUUCGCUUCACAUUGACUAAUAGUCGUGAAAUCGCGCAGGACCUGACUACCGUCGCCAUGGAAGUUCUUAUCCAGACCUGGUCGACCCGCAGUCCUGAUUUGGCCGUUCAGCUGCUCACGUUGGCUGAGCUUGUCAUGCCCAUGGCAGUGCAGCUGGCUCAAGCAGACGAUGCCAUUGCGCAAAAUGUUCAGGGUCUGGCUGUCCAUCUAGUGGCUACUUUGAUGCAAAGCCACGUACAUUUGAGCAUCAACGAUCUCCAGUUUGGCCUCACGGACGGCAGUCAUCUGAGUUGGUCGCCUGCUUCUGAUCUUGGACUGGCAACGCGUCAUUACAGGUGUCUACGCCUCUUGUGUCUUUCAGCAGAUGUUGUGUAUGCGUUGGAAGAGUACUCCCGACAGAUGGCGCUUUCAGUACAAUCGUCAGGUAAGAGAGUGAAACUGGACAACGAUGUGCCCAAGGUCAUGCCAUCGCUCCUCCAGGGCAAAAGCAAGGAUGAGAUUCUGCUCGCGCUUCAAAUUGUUUGUGUUCAAAGUUCUCAACAGCUGCUUGAUCCAUCCAAAGAUGCACUCUGGGAGCGCAUCAUAGUCUUGAUCAGCUCGGAUGAUCGCGACAUUCAAGGCUGGGCUUGUGUUUGCACCGCCUUGCGUUUGAGUGCAUCCCCUUUACAUGAUCAAAAGGAUAAGCUUCCCUUCGUCAAUCCCGCUGUACUCAUGCAAUCCGUCUUGCGUUUCAUCAUGUUGUCAUCAGCCUCGGGUGGUCUUUGUGUACUGGCUACACAGUUGACAAGGUGUUUAGUGAUGGGAUCAAGCACGAUGAGCUGUCUCUUGAAGGAUGUGUUCGAAUUGGCACAACUUCGCAGCCUGAACCAAUCAAGCUUCCAAUUUUUACAAGCUUAUGCCAGCACAUUGGAGACUCUCGGCGUCAAAUCUACAGAAGACACCAUCUCAUCUCUAGAAGAGUGGUUUGCUGCGAGACUGCUAAGCGAAUCUUCUCAAGCUGCCAUGUCCGAAAGUCUUGACGAGAUGAUUCACUUCUUGCUGUAUUUGGAUGAGCGCCGCCACUCGACUCAGCUAAGUCCAAACCUUGUUUUGGCAUGCGAGACCUCGCUGCUUACGGCUGUCAGUCGUCUCGAAGAUGGCAUCAAAUCUCAACUUGUGCAGGAAAAUCCUGACAUGCUCUUCAACAUUUUCAGAAUCAUGCUAGCAACCAUUUCUAUGCGCCUCCCUCUACAAGUUGAAUUGGACGCGCUUCUGACUUUGGUGCAUUCUGGCCUGAAGUUGGUCAUACCGAACCACCUCUUUCGAUUCACAAGAAUCUUUGCCACGGCUUGUGUUCAAAUUAGCAAACGAGACAAGAAAGUUGGACUUGCGAUAGAUGACACUACACAGGCUCGAGCCGUCCGGCUGAAACUUCUCAAAAUCAGCAUGCAGCACUGCAUGUCAUUUGUGCAAUCUCAUGCGUCGAGCUUUACGGAGGCCAGUCUGAAACACAAGCCUUUCGAAGAGACAGAUUUGGUUGAUGGUGUUGACCCAAAGAAUGCUGCCAAUGUGCUGCUUCUGGCCUGCCUGGCCCUUGAUCGUGAUCGUUCCUCCGACCAAAAAUCGUUUGAACAGUGCGCCAGUCAUGCCUUGUUACAAUCGCCUGCUCAGCUCUUCAUUGUCGGCGACAAUCUUGGCAAUCUCGUCAAGUCUUUACCUAUCGCAAAGCAGGCAGAUUAUGCCAGUGAGCUUGUAUCGCAUCUUGCGCGCAAGUAUUUGGCCGACUAUGCAUUCGAACGCAAUGCAGCCUUGCAUAAUCAUCUCAUUGUGCUGCUCAAGCUUUCCGUGGGCCCAUGGCUGUCUGCAGAAGGUGUGUAUCCAAAACUUGCAAGCAACGUAUUUGGUUGGCUUGUUUCGGUCUGCUUGACUUCGCGCCUCUCUGCUGCCGAAACCCGUGUCGCUAUGGUCCACUUGCUUGAGACUCUUCUCAAUGUUGAUGGCAUGCACGUUACGCAAGACAACGAGGGAGACAUGCAAUCGACCAGAACGACCCUGCUGCUCCGUCUCAAAGAUGGAGACGCCCGUGUUGGCCUUACAACAGCCUCAGCUUGCGUCGUUCUCUUCAGAACCGUGGAUGAAGACGACUACGAAACACUCUACAAUGACAUACAUGAAGCUUGCGUUCCACCUGACAACACAACAGAAAGCCUUUCUGUUCGCUUGCACACUUUAGCAAACAUCUUCAAAGAGGUAGACGCACUACAAUCGGUCACUUUGACCCACUUGAUUGAACUGCACCAAUUUCCAGCAUUAAGGAACAUGCUUCAAGAUAUGAUGUCUGAAUUGGCGGAUUAUUCCUCAUCUUCGCCAAGGGAAUUAUUCAUUCAGCACCGCAAACAUGUUGUGUUCACUUGGCUUGGUCAAGGAGAACGCAUCAUGGCUUUUCCUUGGACGCUCUUUGGCUUUGAAAAUAUUUCAGAUUGGGUGCAAAGUUGUGAAGACGAGUUGGUCCCAGUGCUCAUCAGCCAAGGGUACCUUGAUCAAUUUUCUGAAAUGUGCUUGUCAUUGAGAAUCCGCGAGGCAAAGUUGCUUCACAAGCACCUUCGCAGAACUCUUGUUUACGGUGCAAUCAUCCAUGAUGGGGACUGGUCCACCAUCGAACGACAAGUGUGCCCAUUACUCGGCUUGAAGGCAAUUUCUGAAGAUUUCUUCGAUGGGAGGAUGUUUGCCAUGCUUUUCCAAGCACUCCGGGACGUUCCUAAGUCUUUGACUAAAAUGACAACUGCAAUUGACAAGUACGUGCAAGAUGCUGAAUCACGGAGAGCCUGGCUUCGCACAGCUGAAGUUUGGCUUCAUCACCUUUCAACACACCAGCUCAAGCGAAUGCCUAAAAGUGCCAGCUACUUGACGCUACAAUUUCAAGAUCUUCUAUCGAUCAGCACCAAAAAAGAAGGAUUAAAAAUUCAACGGCUCAACAAGGCUGACACUCUUCUUAUGGUGAGUUCAUGCCUAGCAGAUGUGGCGAGCACUCGCUUGACGAUCCAACAUGCGGGUAUGACUCGUUUGCAAUUUUUUCUGGUCUUGACCGACAGGAAACAUCUGCAAGGCUACAUCGGGCAAUUCAUUCUCGACGCUCUUCGUCACAUCAGCAUUCCACAAGAACUAAAACUGGGUGCAUGUAGUGUCUUUGAGCUCGUCAUCUCAACACAAGGCUUUCGCCAGUCUCUCAGCAGCCGAGCAAUUUGUCAAGCAUGUGUACAGAUUCUGACCCAUUGCCUGGAACCUUUGUCUAAUCGAGAUAUAGUCAUUGACUUUGUCAGCUCUUUGAAAUGGUCGGGUUUCAGCACGUUCUCGAUCGUGUGUAAACCGACCAGCUCAGAUGCAGCGCAACCGGACGUUGCCUUCGAGUCUUUGCUUGACGAUAUGAUGGAUUGCUUUGCAGAUUCGGAACCAGCCAACACUCGGACGACAAGACAGCAGUUCGUACAUUUGGUGGCCCAAAGAGCUUCUUGGUUCCAUGAAAUGACGACGGCAACUCUCAGAGUGAAGUUCUUGCAGUUUAUUGGUACCGAUUACCAGUCCACCAGUCACGCCGAUGCCAUCUUUGUAGGCAGAUUGCGUGCUCAAGCAUGGUGCUCGGCUGUGGGAUCUUGGUCUUGUUCAAUUGUUCCUGAGGAGAUGCAGCCGGGUCAAAGAAUCUUGUCCUCCAUCUUGAAGACCUUGAGCUGCUCAGACAUUCACACUGUGUUUGUGACACAUAGAGUGCUUGCAGCCAUUCAGACUGAUGAGAUACUGGCCUCCUCCUUCCCAGCGUAUGCGAAUCUUUUCUAUGAAAACGAUGCCCACCAAGAGAAAACUUUGACCUUGGGCAAGGUGCCUGCUUGGACAGAGUUACACUGCGAGGCGUCAUUCGAUACUUGGUCACUCCUACUUGUUCAGCGGCUUGAAGGUUCGCUGAUGAAAAGUUCAUUGUUGCGAGCUAUCCGGCCACUGUUACUCUUUUCGACAACAUUCCGUCGCGCUACAUUGCCAGCAGUUCUCCUGAUCGUCCUCGAGAUGAGCGACAAGCUGACAAAUGCGGAGCUCUCUGAGACUUUCCGACAGACUUGUCAAAAUUACACAAAGCAAAGCGAAGCCAUCUUUCAAUGCUGGUUCAAGGCGUUUGAAAUGCUGCGGUAUGCAGCUGCUAGCAAACGAGAGCAAGUGAAGAUCAGCUUCUCAUUUGAUCUUCUCGCUGCGGCUGAGGCUGCUAUGCACUAUCGCUUGUUUGAUCAGGCCUUGCUCUGCUUGCAUCAACACUGGAGCACUUUCCCGGAAUCAGAGAAAGUUCGCAGGUCGUCUGUCGAAUUGUCUCUGUAUCAAGCAAUCGAGGAACCGGAUUCCUACUACUCCUUGCAAGGCGAAGGAACGUUAUCAGCCGCAAACAAGCUCGCCAGGCACGAGCGCAACGGACAGAAGAUGCUGGCACUCGGAUCUGCACUUCGUUCAGCUGAACUUGACCGGUCGUCGAGCACAAUCAGUUCGUUCCUGAAGCAGCCUUUCAAAGCGAUGCACAUGUUUGAUGCUGCCGUACUUUCAGCAAAUGAGAUGGCUUCUGCGCCAGACGAGGAUGACUACGAAGCUGCCUGGCGCUUGGAACUAUGGGACUUACCGAGUCAGCCGACUCGUCCUUCCCAUGAGCCCGGUAUACACGAAAUUAUAUAUCGUUUGCAGAAGCACUAUCGCAACGCACACGUCGGGCUCAAGUCUAUCGAUCAACAAUUAGUUGCAGAAGGCUACAAUCGCGCGCUAAUGAUUUGCAAAAAUCCAGACCAGGACGUCGCCAUGGCCAUGAUCUUUGAGUUGGACGAAUUGCUGCAGAACAAGGCCGACGUCGAGCCCUGUCUAGAAAUGUGGACUCGGCGCUCGACUGAACUGACACAAGCAAACCGGUUCGUGGAUUUGGACAGUAUGCUGUGGUCUCGUCAGGUCAUGCUCAGUAGUAGCGCCUCUCGAGAAGAUGGCUUGGCGAGAGAAGCUCUUCGUAUUGCACAACUUCGUUUGCUGGUCCACGAUUAUCACAAUUUGCCGACCGAGCAUCUCUUGCAAACGCAGACAACAGCCGUUGCUCGAGCAGAGAACAUUGCAGCAGUUGCACGCCAUAUCAUCCCAGCGAACCUAUCAAGGGAUAUCAGGGCAAUGACUUCUACAGUGCUGUGGAAUCAUGGGGAAACAAACAUGUCCCUGAAUAUGCUAGAAGCUAUCGUUGCUUCGGAUAAUCAGUCACAUCACCAGAGCCAAGCACUAAAUACCAUUGAUUUGGGUCUCCGAAUGGCAAGUGCGCGCAUCAAGGCGCCUCAGGAGAUCUUAGAACGCACGUUGAUGCCAGCAAUCUACUCUUUGUCUGACGAAUCGACAGAUUCAGUUGGUCAAACGUUCUACCUGUAUGCCAGCUUUUGCUUUGAACAACUCAACUCAGUCGCACUUUCUGAAGAUUCUGAAAGACUUCAUGUGCUUUGUGAAACUCAGAAGGCUGAGCUGAGCGUGAUGAGUUCUGCUCUUGAGCGGGCAUCCCAUCCAGCAAGAGGAGUUCUGCAGUUGAAACUCAAGAACAGCAAGGUGUUGCUAGAGCAAGACGAAGAGGAACUGGCACGUUUGGAAAAGGCAAAGGAGGUGUACCUCUUACAAAGCCUGCAACAUUAUUUACUUGCCUUUGGUGCGACAGACAGGCACGACGAUGCAAUCAGUCGGUGCUGCUCGCUAUGGUUUGCCAACAGUCACUCUCAGACGGCAAAUACUAUAUGGUCAGCACAUUGGGAAAAGGUUCCUUCCUACAAGUAUCUGCGCAUCAUUCAGCAGCUUCUUUCUCGAUUGACGCAGGAAGACUCGCCUUUUCAGGUCAACCUACAACACCUUCUCCUCUCUUUGGCGAAAAGUCAUCCAUUUCAUGUCCUUUAUCCCAUGUAUGCCAUCAGCUCUUCCGGAAAAAAGGAUGCUGCAACUUCGUCACGUCGAGCAGCUGCUACAAGGUUGCUCCAAAAUCUCAGGAGUCAGUCCAAGACACUCAAGACUUUGGUCAGUGACAUCAAUUCUUGUUGCGCCAUGUAUGUCAAGCUUGCUCGUGCAGAUUCGAGAUCAUUGCCAGCUCGCUCUGAAUGGAAAGAUGUGCAAUAUGGUCGAGACUUUUUGGCCGCUAUUGCAAAAGUCCGCUUGCCUUCGCUUACCGUGACAAUUGAGCCCAGGAGCUCCUGUCACUAUACAGACUUGCCCGUCAUAACCGGCUUUGGUCCCCAUGUAGGCGUUGCAAAUGGCAACAGUCGACCAAAAGUUCUUGUCUGCGUUCUUGACGACGGUAGCAAGCUAAAGGAACUGCUCAAGAGCGGAGACGAUUUGCGACAGGAUGCUGUGAUGCAGCAAGUCUUCCUUGGUGUCCAUGCUAUUCUGCAGCGCAACGAAGAUACACGAAGAAGAAAGCUCCUCAUUCGGACGUAUCAUGUUUUGCCGCUUGGGGACAAGGUGGGCGUCAUUCAAUUUGUGCCUGGCACAAUGUCUUUCAACGAUAUCCUGCCUGAUCUUCAUAAACGACAUCGGCCAGAUGAUUGGGAUGCCAAGACUUGUCGGGAAAAAAUGCGUGAUGUUGUUGAUCGCUCAAAGGCUCAGCGGAUCGAAGCUUAUGGCGCCAUCAUGGAACACGUUAAACCUGUCAUGCGCCAUGUCUUUGUCGAGUGGCACGCUGCGGCUGAGCGUUGGUUUGCAACGCAACUGGCGUACACGCGCAGUACUGCAGCGAUGUCAAUACUAGGGUGGAUCCUUGGUCUCGGCGACCGUCACCUCUCCAACAUCAUGAUUGACAGGAAUUCUGGCGAUAUCGUCCACAUCGACCUUGGUAUUUGUUUCGAGGCUGGUAAGCUUCUCAAGAUUCCCGAGCUGGUGCCCUUCCGACUGACACGGGAUGUGAUUGAUGGUAUGGGCAUCCAAGGUGUCGAAGGAAUCUACAAACGAUGCUGUACAUUCACGAUGGAUGUUUUGCGCAAGGAGCAGGACAGCAUCAAAAGCAUUUUGGACAUUCUGCGUUAUGAUCCACUUUACGACUGGUCAGUCUCGCCAGACAAGCAGAAGAAGCAAAACAAUGACGAUUCCGUUGUUGACGAUACGGAUGUCGUCGACACCAGAGCCAAAGACAAGCCAGGCGGAGAGACUGCAAGCUGGGCUUUGUUGGUCGUCCAACAAAAGCUGAGCAAGACAUUGAGCGCCACCGCCAUGACCAAUGAUUUAAUUCAGCAAGCCACAGAUCCCAAGCGUCUUGCAGUGAUCUUUUGCGGGUGGCAGCCAUAUUACUGAUUGGUUACUUCACUAUAUACUAGACAUACCCUUUUGCUUGAUUGUCUUCUUGUCGAGUUGUUCCAGAUCGCUCUGCUUGUAAUAAUGCGGCGCGACCUGUUGCAGCCACUCGGGCUUGAUCUCAAUGACACUUCGGACAUACUCCUUAGUUGUCAAGACUAGCUCAUAGUACAGAAUCCAUUUUGUGCCCU